UCUCCUGGUAACACAGAGUUUCUGCCUUCACGCAAGAUUUAGCUGCAAACUUCCCACCUCCCCCCGCAGACCCCUUCCCUGCUCAGACCUGAAGUUCCAGUUCCCUCAUCCCGGUAAAAAAAGAAGUGGGAAUCCUUUUAGACCCAAGACCAAGCUCUGCAUUGGGAUUCACAGCAAAAAAUACUUCACAGGUUUUGUGAUGGAAUUUCUCUUGGUUUUACCGUUCUCUCCACAGAGGUGACGUCAGCUACCCUUCCUUUAGUGUGCAUCUGUAUUCAUGAUGACUGCCUUCUACAUCCUGCUGGUGCCUGUUUUUCUCCUCUUACGUUGUAGUUUUGUUUUAAGUUGGACGUGUCCAGCUCAGCCUCAAAGAACUUCACUAGACUCUAACAUCCAGUAUGACUUCCCUGCCUUUACGGCAUCUGAUCCCAUUCAGAACUUAGCUGUGCAGGAUGGCCCAAAUCCUUUACUUUUUGUGACCACAACUAACCACCUUUAUGUUCUUCAAGGUUCAGACCUUCAUCUUCUGCAGGAUAUUAUCACUGGACCUACCAAUAGCUCCCAAUGCACCUUGUGCUCUAAGUGUCAGAUGGGUAGUGCCCGUCCAGACCAACCAGAGGAUACUGUGAAUCAAGUCUUAGUCAUGGAUCCAGAUGAAGACAUUUUGUUCAGUUGUGGUUCCUCACUCCGUGGCCUCUGCUUUUUACACAGGCUCAGUAAUUCUAUGAUUUCGGAGUCUGAAUGUCUGUUUCAGGAAGCGCAGAACACUGCAAGUUUGUGCACUGAUUGUGUGGCCAGCCCAUUGGGGACAAAACUUACAGUAUUGACACGUGGUAAUGCUGUGUAUUUUUAUCUGGCAUCAUCCUUGGAUUCCAAAAUAGCAAGAAGUUUCAAUCCAACGUCCGUGUCCAUACGGAGGCUCCGUACUUCUGAAGAUGGCUUCACAAAUGGCUUCCACUCACUGACAGUGCUCCCUCCGUAUCAGGACUCCUACCCCAUACAGUAUGUUCAUACCUUCAGCAGUGGAUCUUUUGUGUACUUCCUAACUGUUCAGCCUGAGAAUCCUGAUUCCAAUGCUUACCACACUAAAUUGGUGCGUCUAAGUGCAGAUGAAGAAGAAAUGAAAACUUAUAGGGAGUUGAUUCUGCAGUGCCAGCUUCUUCCAAAACGUCGUCGACGGAGCGUUGCUCCUCAACAACGGGAAGAGAUCUACAACAUCUUGCAAGCCGCUCAUGUGGCUCCUCUGGGGAAAGCCCUGGCGCUGGAGCUAAACGUACGCAUUGAUGAGCCUGUGCUGUUCACAGUCUUUGCCCAGAGUGAGCCGCAAAGUUCUAAACCUCUCAAGAAGUCCGCUCUCUGUAUCUUUCCAAUUACUCUGAUGGACCAGUUCAUUGAGGAUGGGAUGAACCGGUGUUGUAGCAAGGAGGAAACUGAGAGACUGUCAAGGGGACUACAAUACUUCCAAAAUAAUCUGUUCUGUCCCCGUAAUGUGAGCCUCUCGGACCCAGCGUAUAACCGCAACUGCUGGAAUUCCCCUACUAUGGUCUACCAACCUGUCAGCCGCUUGGAUCUGUUUAAUGGGCGACUAGAUGGAGUUCUGCUCACAUCUGUGUAUGUGACCAUCCAGGAUAAUCUCACCAUCGGAUACCUGGGCGACUCUGAAGGGCGGAUCCUGCAGGUUGUGCUACAACGGACCAGUACCAGUAACCCACAAAUCCUUGCCAAUUUCUCCCUGAGUGACACUCAUCCUGUGUCACCUGUGGUCACUCUCAUUGGAAAGAAUCUUUUUUUUGUUGCCGGUAAUCAGGUUAUUCAGGUUAAUGUCACAGGCCCUGGGUGCCACCACCUUCAAAGCUGUAGCCGCUGCCUGAGAGCCCCACGCUUUAUGGGCUGUGGCUGGUGUAAAAAUGGCUGCUCCCAGCAAAGCAAAUGUGAUGGGGAAUGGAACCAGAAAAGCUGUCUGCCUACAAUCACUGCGUUUUACCCAAACACCGCACCUUUACGGGGUAGCACUAGGAUCACCAUUUGUGGUAGAGACUUUCAGUCAUUCAGUGUGUACAAUGGCCCCACCAAUGCAGAGAUCAGAAAAGAGACACACAAAGUGAGCGUGGGACCUCGCCAAUGUAUCGUGAACCCCACGGACAGUGACAGCAAAAGGUUGAUUUGCACUUUGGAGAAUGUGGGUCCUCCAAACGACACAUCAUUGGCUGAGCUCAUCCUAACAAUUGAUGAAAAUCUAUCAGACAAACCUUACUUCAUUACGGGCAGAGCAUCAGCCAGCAACUUUACUUUUGUGGAGCCACUUAUUAGCUCUCUUUCACCCGCAUUUGGACCCCUGCUGGGAGGUUCAAGGGUGACAUUAAAGGGCAAAAACUUGAUUGCAGGAGAAACACAGAGAAUAUUAAUUAAUGGAGCUGACUGCUCCAUGUACAGUGGAGCCCCCUGUCCUGUUGAUGCCUUAUGCUGUGUGUCCCCCUCUUCCGGGUUACUUGGAGGGGUCUCAGUUUCUCUUUGGUUGGACGGUGAUGAAAUCCCCAACCCAGAACUAUUCAAUUACCUACCCAACCCAUCUGUAGAUAUCAUCCAACCACAGUGUAGCCUGGCCAGUGGUACAGCUCUCACUAUUCUCGGGACAAACUUGGAUUCUGUGUCUACUGUCUCCAUCUUUUUUGAAAAUGUGAGAGAGGACUGCAGUACAGGAAUCUCCGCAAAUCGUAUUGUGUGUCGUUCUCCCAGCUACACCACAAAUAGACCCGUUAUUCGUGGGAACCUAAGCUUGCAACUGGACGGCCUGCGCACAGCUCUGUCGCAAUUCACAUAUUUUGAAGACUACAAAAUAUAUACAUUUGAGGAUUACCUCUUUAAACUGAAGAAAGGGGAGUCAGAAAUCGAGACACAUCACAAAAAUCUUGACCUGAUUUCCAGAUGUCUGAAUGUCACAAUGAAAGUUGCAGGGAGAGAUUGCAACCCUAAAGUGUUAAAGAAUGAGAUUACCUGCCAAAUUCCUAAGGACCUGGUGAUUCCCUCAGAGGGAUUGGACGUGCAGGUGUGUGUGGGCGAGGAUUGUGUUCCAUUGGGCCGAGUGGUAGUGCUUUCUAUGUUGGACCCAAUAGUGGGGAUAAUUCUGGGUACUUUGGCUGCACUGAUGGUUGCCGCAGUUCUUGUCUUUUUACUCUGGAAGCAUUUCAACAAGGAAAAGCAGAAGAAGAUAUCAGCCAUUGAGAAUUUGGAACUGCUGUCCAAUAAUAACAGAGAAACUGUUGUGUCCCCCACCCACAUAAUGCACGGAGACUACAGGGAGUCUUAUAUUCCCAGCAGCAGCUCCGGAGGGGCAACAUAUCAUGGAAGAGGGUAUUUGGGGGGCAGUAUUGGAGCUAGCAGUAUGCCCUUACUGAUCACUAGUUUGCUGGAUAAUCUAAGGCCAGAGCUCCUGGAAGAGGUGAAAGAAGUUCUGAUCCCUCAGGAAGGCCUCACCACUCAUCGCGACCGGAUAAUUGGAAAAGGUCACUUUGGGAGUGUCUACCAUGGCACCUAUCUGGAUGAAGAGCAGCGAGAGGUGCACUGUGCUGUGAAAUCUCUAAACAGAAUCACUGAUGUGGAGGAAGUAGAGGAGUUUUUGCGUGAGGGCAUUCUCAUGAAGAGUUUCCAUCACCCUCAUGUCCUGUCUCUAAUUGGGAUCUGUCUGCCGCAGGAGGGGCUUCCACUGGUGAUUCUUCCAUAUAUGUCACAUGGGGACUUGAGACAUUUCAUUCGUAGUGAGGAGAGGAAUCCAACUGUUAAAGAUCUGGUGAGUUUUGGGCUGCAAGUUUCCCAAGGCAUGGAAUACCUGGCUGAAAAAAAGUUUGUGCACAGAGACCUGGCUGCUCGAAACUGCAUGUUGGAUGAAACAUUUCAGGUGAAGGUUGCAGACUUUGGUUUGGCGAGAGAUGUAUUUGACAAAGAAUAUUACAGUGUCAGGCGCCACAAGAAUGCCAGGCUGCCAGUCAAAUGGAUGGCACUAGAGAGUCUGCAGACUCAGAAAUUUACUACCAAGAGUGAUGUGUGGUCUUUUGGGGUGCUACUUUGGGAGCUGAUGACACGUGGUGCACCACCCUAUCCUGAUGUAGAUCCCUAUGACAUAACACGAUAUCUAUACAGGGGAAGGCGCCUCCCGCAACCCGAGUACUGCCCUGACACAUUGUACUCACUUAUGCUCCAGUGCUGGAGCCCACGGCCAGAGGAGCGACCGUCCUUCCCACAAGUGGUGGCUGACAUGGAAACAAUUGCCAGGUCUCUGAUGGGAGAUCACUACAUCAAUCUGAACGUCACCUACAUCAACCUAGAUAGAGAUCAGCCCUUCCCUCCUGCCCCUCCAGCUUCUGAGGAUGAACUAGAGGAGGAGACAUCUGCAGAGGAAGAAGACGAUGAACUCCAAAAAUGAGACUUCCCCUAGUGCCUUCUCAGGAGGUAGAAGAGUGAAUCAAUGAGAAUUUCAAUCCAUGCUGGAGAGCAGAGACAAUAUAGGGUGGAGUUGCUGAGUCCAGUUGACAAUUGAUGGAAGUUUUGUGUGAGACUCAUCAGUUUGGGAAUUCUUUGGAAUCUCAUGGAUCCAAAAGAGCCAGUUUGAGCCAAUGGAUUUAUCUUGUGUGCACGGAACACUUUAUUUGCAGAAAUCACUGGAGGACGAGACCUGUUAUGGUGAUGUUCUGUGAACUGGGAUAUUAGUGGUACCCCCCAACCCUUGUGAUCCGAAUCCUAUGGAUUUUUUUUUAUAAAUACUGCAAAUGUUAUUUUUGUAUAAAUUACUUAAAGGGACAUGCAAGGCUUAAAUCACAUUCCAGUUUCUAGUAUGUUCAGGCUAUAUAGCCAUAUCUUUCCUUUGUGAGUAAUGUUGCCAAAUAUUUUUUUAAAAAAAAAGAAAAACAUUUUUUAUUUAUUUUUUGAAGGCACUUGAAACCCAAAUUUUUUCAUUUAUUUUCAAAUAGAGAAUAUAAUUAAAAAAACAACAACAUUCCAGUUUACUUCUGUUAUCAAAGUUACUUCUUUCUCUUGAUAUUCUUUUUUGAAGAGUUACAUGUAAGUUGAGGGGUGUGCACGUGUCUGGCAGCAGUUUUGCAACCAUGCUUUUAACAGUGUUAUACACUUAUGAGCACUAGAUGAAAGCAAUGCUAAAAGUAUGGAUGCAAAACUACUGCCAUCUAGUUCUCUAGCUAUAUGCACACUCUUGAGCCUAUUUAGGUAUGCUCUUAACUAAAGAUGCAAAAGAAUGAAGUGCAUUUAAAUAAAUAAAAAAAUUGUGUAUGCUUUAAAGGGAUACUAAACCCAUUUUUUGCUUUCAUGAUUCAGAUAGAGCAUGAGAUUUAAAGCAACUUUCUAAUUUACUACUAUUAUCAUUUUAUUCUUCGUUCUCUUGCUAUCUUUAUUUGAAGAAGCAGGAAUCUAAGCAAAGGAGUAUGCCCAUUUUUGGUUCAGACCUUGCUUGCUGAUUGGUGGGUACAUUUAGCCACCAAUCAGCAAGCGCAGCCCAGGUGCUGAACUGCUUAGAUUCCUGCUUUUUCAAAAAAGAUAGCACAAGAAUGAAGACAAAAAUGGAUAAUAGGAGUAAAUUAGAAAGUUGCUUAAAAUUGUGUGCUUUAUCUGAAUCAUGAAAUAAAAAAAUUAGGUUUCGUAUCCCUUUGAGAGCUCAUAUUUUGCUCCCUUUCUUACCAAGGUAUUCUAGAAAUUUCAUCCACUACUUCAUAUUCAUGUUCCCUUAAAACAAAAAAGAAUUCAUUUUACAAUUCAUCCAUAAAUAAAUAGGACCUAAUCAAACAAUAUUUUGAACGGUUUUCACUAAUCGCUCUUUUUCUGUAACAUGAUUUUCCUCAAAGCUCCAAAACAUUCAGUUAUUGCUACAUAUUUUAUUUCCAGUUAGCCACCUCCAGAACUGUUAAAGGGAUAUAAACUCAGAAAUAUUACAUACAUAUAUAUAUAUCAUCCUAAUUACUUCUGUUAUCAAAUUUGCUUUGUUCCCAUGUUAUCCUUUGUUGAAGAGAUACCUAGGUGUCCGGAGCAAUACAUGGCAGGAAAUAGUGCUGUGAUCUAGUGCUCUUUCAUAUGAAUCACUAAAUUGCCAUUUAGUGUGCCAGACACGUGCACGCUCCAAAGCAUACCUCUCUGCUUUUUCAAGAAAAGAUACCAAGAGACCGAAGAAAAUUUGACAAUAGAAAUAAAAUCGAAAUUUGUUUAAAAUCACAUUUUCGAUCUGAAUCAAGAAAGAAAAAAAAUGUGCGUUUCAUAUCCCUUUAAAGGGACAGUAAUUAUGUAACCUUAUCCUAACGACACCUUCAUAUAUAAAAGAGAUUUUAGAAAUAUACCCCCCAACCUUCCGUUCCUCGCUAGCCUCUUAAGAUUUGUUUUUCUUUCUCAGAAGUGCCUAAAGGGUGCGCUGUGUAAUCACAGUACGCUUGAUCGCGGCAUUGAACUAAAUGUUGCACGUUCUUCCACUGGGUAAAGCUGUAGCGCACUACAUUCACUUCAAUGUCAUGAUCGAGCUCGCUGUAAUUGUUUUUGAAGGUAUCUCUAGGAUAAUGUUACAUAAAUCUGCAUAGUGCAGAAUUAAGUGACAUUAUUUUUUACGUUUACUGUCCCUUUAAGAAAUGAUGCCAUUGUUUGCUGCCACCCCCAGGCCCCCUCAUUUUAAACAGACAUAUGAAUUUAGGCUAAAUGGAACAAUACUGUAUACUUAGUUGCAGCUGGAAAAGAGAUUUUCAAUUACUUGAAGUGUUUGUAUAUAUGUUAUGUGUAUAUAGGUUUAAGUUGUGAUAUUUUUAUAUGGAAAUUUAAUUAAGGGAUCUGUUUUAUAUUUGAUUUAAUUUUUAUGUUUCUGUAGCUCAAUAGGAAUGUGUGUAAAUAAAUGGAGAAUUUUCUAAUAAA